AUGACAGGUUUAGACAAGCUGUACGACGUCAUCAUCGCGGGGGCCGGUCCGGUGGGCAUGAUGCUCGCGGCCGAGCUCAGUUUCGCUGGCGCUUCGGUCCUCGUCAUCGAGCGCGAUCCCAGCCUCACGUCAGACUGGAAGGCCAUCCCCAUCGGCCAGCGCGCGCUUAUGGUUCCGUCCCUCGAAUCCCUAUACCGCCGCGGCCUCCUCUCCCAGCUCAGCCACUACGACGUCUCGCCCCUCGAGCGUCAAUGGUUCGGCGUAAAGCGCGAGGGCUACUCCUACGGCGGCCACUACGCCGGCCUGAAGCUCAACAUGUCCCAGUUCGACCUGAACCGGUGGAAGUACCGCCUGCGCGGGCCCGUCACGCGGCCGGCCAAGAGCUGCAUCCAAGAGGUGACCGAUAUCUACGCCAAGCGCGCCCGCAGCCACGGCGUCACCAUCCUCGUCAACCACCCCGUCACAUCCAUCCUCCGCCAGGACGACAGCAGCGUCACUGUCGUGGCCGGCGAGCAGGGCAGCACGUUCCGCGGCCGCUGGCUCGUCGGCUGCGACGGUGGCCGGAGCACGAUCCGGAAGCUCGCGGGCAUCAACUUGACCGGCUCCGACCCCAUGUUCACGGGCUAUAUGGCGCGCCUCGACUUCACGUCUAAGAAGGAGAUGGAACUCGGCUUCCACCCGGCGCCCGGCGGCAUGGUUAUGACCUUUUCCGACGACUGUAUCGCGCUCCUUGAUUGGGACGGCGCUACCUUUGACCGAAACUCGGAGGUGACGGUCGAGCACUUCCGGAGCAUCGCCGAUAAGGUCCUAGGCCCCGGCGAGAUCACGGUCCACGCCCUACACUAUAUCUCUACCUUUACCGACCGGUCUAAGGGCGCGAGCACCUUCCGCAAGGGCCGGGUGCUCCUUGCCGGCGACGCCGCGCAUAUCCACUCGCCCCUAGGCGCCCAGGGCCUGAAUCUCGGCCUCGGCGACGCUAUGAACCUUGGGUGGAAGCUCGCCGCCACCGUCCGCCAGGAGCUUAUGGCCUCGUACCCAGGCACAUCGGCGCCCCUAGACACGACGCUUAUCGAUAGCUAUGAGAGCGAGCGCCAUCCGCUGGCCGACUGGGUGCUCGAUUGGACGCGCUCGCAGGUCUUGUCACUGCAGCCAGACCUCUUUGGCCGCGCCGUCCUUAACCUCACCCAGGACAUGCUCAAUACCGACGACGGCAUGAACCUCGUCAUUGGCCGUGUGUGGGGGCUGGCCCAGCGCUAUGUCCUCGGCAAGGGCGGCGUCUUUGACCAUGAGCUGGUCGGCUCUAGCGUGCCCGACUUUGAGUUUCUCGACGGCACUAGGAUGGGCGACAAGCUGCAGAACGGCCGUGCCUGGCUGGUGGACUUUGAGGACAGCGCUGAGCUUAAGGACGCCGUCAUCGGGACCGAGUUUGCCUGGAAGGUCAACUACCUGUCCGUGGCCGCCCAAGACACAAGAGGGCUGCGAGCGGUGCUGGUACGCCCGGAUGGCAUCGUCGCGUGGUUGGCGGAGGGAGAUUCCUUCGACGUGGAGGCGCUGAAACUUUCGCUGUAUAAGUGGUUCAGCUAUUAA